CUGCACCUCGGCGACGACUCGUACGACGCGCAGCACUACCUCUCGGACGUGCACCGGCUGGCGCGCUCGCUCGCCGGAAUGACGUUUGGGCUCGUCCUCGGCGGCGGGGGCGCGCGCGGCCUCGCGCACCUCGGCGUACUGCGAGCGAUGCGGGAGGCGGGCGAGGGGCUCAACCGCUUCGUCGUCAACGCGCUGGGGGCGGCUAAGAUCGAGGACUUGGUGACGCCGAUGUUUUGCGUCACGACCGACCUGUACACGUCCUCGGCCGUCAUCCACCGCAACGGGGCGAUGUGGAAGUACGUGCGCGCGUCGAUGUCGCUCACGGGCUACUUGCCACCCGUCUGCGACGCGAUUGUCGACGAGCACGGCACUGAGGUCGUGCAUCUGCUCUGCGACGGCGGCUACGUCAAUAACCUGCCCGCCGACGUGAUGCGCCGGGAGCUCGGCGCGUCGACCAUCAUCGCCGUCGACGUGCGCUCCGAGACGCCCUUCCUCUCGCCCAACUACGGCGCCUCGCUGGGCGGCCUCUCCUUCCUCCUCCGCCGGCUGCGCGCGUGGAUCGCCGGCGAGCAGGCGCCGGGCGACGUGCCGUCGAUGGCGGCCAUCGCGUCGCAGCUGGCCUUUGUCUCGUCCGAGGCGGCUAUGACCGCCCGCCCCUCCCCAGAGCGCCGACAGAGAGACGGCAGAGCGCCGACAGAGACGCCCCGCGCCCCGCGACUCGACAACCCUGCUCUCCUUGACCCCGCCCGGUUCGAGACCCCGCUCAGUGGCAGCGCGACGAGGCGCGCGACGUGCACGCCGACCUCUACCUGCGGCCGGCCGUCCAGAACUUUGGGCUGCUGCAGUACGCCGCCCUCUCCGAGAUCCAGAGGCUUGGCUACAUCCACGCCACCGAGGAGCUGGCGCGGUGGAAGCGGGAGCUGCGCGAGCGAGGCGACCCGAGGUGCGUCAUCUUUGACCUCGCUGACUUGGCCGGCGACCCGCGCUCGGCUGGCCCUCGACGUGUCGCCUCGGCCGGCACCAAGACGGGCACGCCACGCCACUUUGACGCGACGGCGCGACGGCUGUCGGAGAUCAUUGGCGAGCUCAAGGAGGCGUCUGGGAGGAGGGCCGACGCCGUGCGGAAGGGGGUGGACGCCGUGCGGAUGGGGCUGCGGCUCAGGCGCAGCCGCAGCUUCACGGGCACCACGCGGGCCCGCGCCUCGAGUUGGGACGCGUCCGUGGAUUGGGGAAGGGAGGGGCUCCGGAGUCGGGAUUGAGAGACAAUAAUGCAUUGGAGUCUCGUGUUGAGAUUCACAGACGGUUCAGCUGCAGUUCAGUCGAUCGGGCGAGAUAUUGUCCAAGGCCACAAAAAGAGUAGCAGUUAUUGUAAGAGGCGGAAGAACGGA